AGUUCUGGUAAGAAAUUGUGAUAGUGUUUUGUGGAAUUAAGAGGUUUUAUCCAAUAAAUUACGUAAAUUACUUGCUCACAGUGCAGUAAACUGAUAAAAGAGCUCAACUAAUGAAUAUUCAUGUAAAUUUGUAAAGCAUUGAAGAGGGUUGCAAGCUUUUUCGAGUUUCAUUAGCAAUGCAUCGAUUUCGUAUUCUUCCUAUAAGUCAUGUUAGUAUUAAUCCAAAGACUGUCAGUUGUAUCCUGCAAUCAAAAUCCAUAACCUCAUUACCAUCCCCAGAACAAUUGUCUCAACCAACUCAUCAACACAUUAGCAGUUUAAUCUUUGAUCAAAGAUCCGCCUCAGAAGCUUUACAAACGUUUAGAUGGGCUUCGGAACUUCCCAAUUUCACCCAUAACCUUUUAACCUAUCGUGCUUUGAUUCACAAGCUUUGUGUUUUUCGUUCUUUUGACCGCUUGAUUCAUCUGCUUGAAGAGAUUCCUAGCACAGUUGGUUCACCCCCAGAUGAAGAUAUCUUUGUCACACUUGUUCGAGGCCUCGGACGAGCGCAAAAGAUUCGAGAAGUUAUCAAAGUGAUUGAUUUGGUGCAUAAAUUUGGUUUGGUACCAUCUUUGAAGAUCUAUAAUUCAAUACUUGAUGCAUUGGUUAAGAUGGAUAUUGAUAUUGCUAGGGGCUUUUUUAGGAAGAAGAUGAUGGAGUGUGGUGUUCAAGGUGAUGUUUAUACUUUUGGGACAUUGAUGAAAGGACUAUGCUUGACAAAUCGCAUAGGAGACGGGUUUAAGCUGCUGCAGAUAAUGAAGACUAGGGGUCUAACUCCGAAUAUAGUUAUAUAUAACGCUUUGCUUCAUGCCCUCUGCAAAAAUGGUAAGGUUGGUAGAGCUAGGAGUUUGAUGAGUGAGAUCGUGGAACCAAAUAAUGUAACCUAUAAUCUUAUGAUAUCAGCAUACUGUAAUGAACAAAAUCUUGUUCAGGCGCUGGUACUUUUGGAGAAGAGCCUUGCAUUAGGAUAUAUUCCUGAUGUUGUGACAACAACAAAGGUGAUGAAGUUACUUUGCAAUGUUGGCCGUCCAAAUGAAGCAGCGGAAGUCUUGGAAAGGGUUGAGCAAAAUGGUAGUAGAGUUGACAUCGUGGCUUAUAACACUUUGAUUAAAGCAUUCUGUAGUCUAGGUAAGGCAAAAGUCGGGCUGCAUUUUAAGAAAGGCAUGGAGAUUAAAGGCUGUCUCCCAAAUGUAGAGACUUACAAUUUGUUGAUAACUGGGUUCUGUGAGAAUAAUUUAUUUGAUAUAGCUCUUGAUUUGUUCAAUGAGAUGAAAAUGGCUGCUGUAAGUCCUAAUUUUGUGACAUUCAACACCUUGAUAAGAGGAUUAUGUUUCAAGGGACAAGUGGAAGAUGGAUUUCGGUUUUUGGAACUCUUGGAGGAAUUGAAAGAUGGUAGUAGGGGUCACAUUAGUCCUUACAACAGCAUCAUAUAUGGACUAUACCGUGAAAAUCGUUGGAAUGAAGCCCUUGACUUUCUAAACAAGAUGGUAAAAAUGUUUCCAAGGGCAGUUGACAGGACCUUAAGGAUUCUAAGUUUAACUGAAGAGGGCAAAACAGAAGCUGCAAAACAAGUUUACGAACAAAUUCUUCAGGAAGGUGGAAUUCCUAAUGCUAUUGUUUACUCUAGCAUGAUCCAGGGUUUUUGCAAGCGGGAGCACGUUCGAGAAGCGUUUCAGCUGAUGAAUGAAAUGAUUGGACAUGGCUUUUUUCCUGUUACUUCAACCUAUAAUAUUAUAAUUAAUGGAUUCUGCAGUCAAGGCAAAACAGUGAGUGCUGAAAAGCUUAUGAAGGAGAUGGAUGAGAGAGGCUGCUCACUUGACAGGGGAACUUACUACCCUUUAAUACUUGCUCAUUGCCGUGAACGGGACUUGCGGAAUGCGUUAAAGGUUUUCCAUCAAAUGGUUAGUAAAGGUAUUGAGCCUAAUUAUGAUACCUGGAAUACAUUACUGUGUCAUCUGAACCAAGAAGAAUAUUGCCUUGGUGCCAAUAAUAUGGCUCAUGUGCAGAACAAUGUGGAAUGGAUUUUGGAGACUUGAAUGUCGUUUUUCUUUCAGUAAUGUGUAGUUAACUAGAUUGUGCAAAAUUGGAAAACCUGUCUAGCCAUAAACUCAUUGUGACAACUGGUACACAUCCUUUUUCAGGAAUAGUUUUUUUUUUUUCCCGAUUUUCUUCCAUGAUAACCAGAGAAGGAAAGAUAAUUUUUGUAGUGGUUAGUUUUACUAGGAUUAUGUCCAAUGAUCAAAAUUUUUGAAAAGGCUCGCUUGGCCAGUUUACAUUUUCCAUAGAGAUCACUUUGUCUAAUAGCUGUGGAGAGUUGAGGAAUCUUUCAGUGUGAUUGGAAAUGUUAACAUUUAGGAUUCUUUUGUGAAUAGAACUUUACUCUACUUUCUAGGGAGGUCCAAGGGGUGAUCGAAGUAUAUUGCAUUGCAUAGUCUAGGGUAUCUUAUCGACAACUUUAGUUGCCAAUCCUUGAAAUACCUGUUCAUGCACAUAUGUAACUCUACAAACAAUAGUUAUAUUUUUUUUAGAUUCAAACUAAGACAUGCAAUUGCAUGUUAGUUGAUACUUAAAGGGAAGAAUGAGAGAUGAGGGUGGUGGUUAUUUGUUUGUUUGUUGAAAUUGUUCAAAAGGGUGUGGCGUUGAUGGUGGCUAGUUUCUGGUGGUUGAGUGACAGAGGAGGGUGUCCUGAUGGGGUUUAUGGUGGUGGUUUACUAGUGCUACUGCUUAUAGGCUCAGUGGUGGCAAUUCGGUGGUGGUGGUGGUUGAAUAAGCAAAUUUAAUUGAAAAGUUUCUGAAAGUUGUUCAACAUUAGCAAAGGGUUCUUUGGGAGAAUCUUUUUUUCAUUGUCCAAUGUCCACCAUAACUCAACCAUUUCCGUUUCAAGGUUAUUCAGUGGUAACUGGUAAGGAACACACCAUCAAUUAUUGGGGACAAUUUACUUCUGAGUGAAUGUCAAAUCAUCUUUCCAGAACCAUCAGUUUGUACAGUAGAGUCGCUACCAUAUGUUACACAACUAACUGCUUCUCAGAGUAUGCCUUCUUAUCUUGGAGAGUUCCUCUGUGUCUGGAUACGCAUGCAAUCUGGUGCAGCUCCUUCUCAACAUCAGCUAGAGUGUGAUAAUUAGGAUUCUGGUGCUGCUUAUCCCGAGCAAGCAGUAAAACCAUGUUCAUCAGAGGCACCAUUCUGUUGCAGAUCAGACAGGAACUUUGAAACUCCUUCAACUCAGCCAUAACACAUUUUAAGUUUUUGAGACCUGUAAGGAUUUGCUACCAUCAUAAUCCUUAAACCAGGCAUCAUGGACGACAUGAACAAACCCCUCUUUCUCACACCAAAGAUUAAAGAAUCUGAAAGGUUUGGAACAUGGAAUUGUUGGACUAAAACUGGAGUGUGUUCAAACUGUUUUUCAGGUAUAUCUACCAGUAUGUUUUAAAUCCUUCAAGGAGCAGUUCAAACAUGCAAGUUUUCAGAGGAAUAAUCUUCUGAUUGCUAACAGGUCUUCGCCACCUCUCAUCAUAAUCAGCAACACUCUUGAAAUCACCAAGAAGUAACAAGGCCCAUGACACUGCUUGACAAUAAUCUGCAAGUCCUUCAAGACAAUUGUGUAGAAAAAUGUGGAAGGUGUCCGGAGCUGCAAAAAUCACCACCAUUUACCCAAGUCGCAAGCGAAGAUAUAUCGUUAUAUCGACUCAUCAUGGAGGAAACUUAAACAAUUAAUCGAGGGUUCUGUUGGUAUAUACAAGAGUUGAUGUCGGCAUCAGUAAUGGGAUUUUUGGCAGGCACUUAGAUAUGAAGACAAUGGGAUCCUGAAAAGCAUUUUAAGGGUUCAUGAGAAAGAUUGAGUUCUGCUCAUCCGAUAUUAAGAUUUAUUUUUCGAUUCGUAGUAAAGGUUAGAGAAUCCUCUUUAGACAUACUUAGCACAAUUUGAUAUUGAACGGUUGUUUGUAAAA